CCUCGUCCCUACGGCCAACUUGCCAGUCAGUCCCUCGUCCGUCUUUACCUUUUCCCUCCCGUAUCUGCCACGGCAUCAUCAUUCUGACUCGGCUCAUGGUGAUCACCGUCAUGGCCACCACUCAGCCAAGGUACAGCUCAUCCGCCAAGAGGCCGAGCAAAGGCGCGCCGAAGAGCAGUGCUGCAUCCUCACGCCGCCUUCCGCUCCUGGCCACUCUGCUCCUCGCUCUAUGCUUCAUCGUCUCGCCGGUCCUCUCCCUGGGUAUCAUAUCCUUCGACUAUGGCGCCGACUCGCUCAAGACGGCUCUUAUCAAGCCGGGCAUGACGCCAGAUGUGGUACUCACACGCGACUCGAAGCGAAAGCUGUCCUCCGUGGUGGCCUGGAAGAUGGCUGAUCGCUCCUUUGGCACAGACGCAAGUAACCUCGCAACACGCUACCCUGGAGAUUCCUUCCCUGAUCUCAAACUGUUGCUGGGAAGGUCUGCCGAUGAGCAAGAUCAGCAGCUCCGGGAUCGAUACACAGCAUUGCUGGGCUCGCAGCUCGUUUCUACCGACAGGGGUACCAUUGCAGCCACGCGCGCAACCGACUACACAAAGGAUGGUUCCGGACCAGACACGCACACCGUCGAAGAGAUGGUCGCCAUGCAGCUCUCUCAUGCCCGUAUGCUUGCAGAGGAGACUGCCGGAGAGAAGGUCAAGGUCACAUAUCCUGGCACCAUCGGUAGCUACGGCGGCCUUGAGACAGUAGUGACAGUCCCCACCUUCUGGACGGCAGCGGAGCGACAGGCCAUCUUCGACGCUGCCACUCUGGCUGGCUUCAGACCUCGUCUGGUCAGCGAUGCUGCAGCUGCUGCCACAUCGCUCGCCUUGACCAGAAAUUUUGCGACUCCUGAGCUCCACCUGCUCUACGAUUCCGGUCACUCCGCUACUAGGGCAUCUCUGGUCCGGUUUUCCACCAAGUCUUUCCCGACGGAGGACCUCUUUGGCACAUCGAUGAAGGAACACACCUUCAUCGAAGUCCUCUCCACCGGCUGGUCGCGCGAAGCUGGAGGAUUGGCUCUCGAUGAGAUUCUGAGGGAGAUUUUAGUUGAGAAGUACAAGGAGUCAAAGAAGUCAGAUGAUGUGGCGAAGAAUGCAAGAGCGAUGGCGAAGCUGCUCGCCUCCGCCUCGAAGGCUAAGCAUGUGCUCUCUGCCAAUCAAGACGCUCGAGUCUCCAUCGAGGGUCUCAUUGGAGACGUCGACUUCAGAGCUACAGUCACCAGAGAAGAAUUCGAGGCUGCUGUUGAAGCAAAGGGACUCGGCGGGUCCUUCAGCUCGCCCAUCUCGGACGCUCUUACGCGAGGAGAGGCGAAACUGUCUGACUUGACAUCGGUCAUUUUCAUCGGAGGCAACACGCGUGUGCCGCUCGUCCAGAAAUCGGUAGCUCAGGCAGGCGUUCCUGCGAGCCUUGUGGCACAGAAUCUCAAUGCUGACGAAGCCAUGGCUCUAGGUGCAGGAUUCUAUGGCGCUAGCUUCAACCCACAGCUGAAGAUGAAGCCCGUCCGAGUCGCAGAUAUCAACCCUUACUCGGUUGUCUUGACCGACUCGGAAGGAACGGAAGAUCAGUUGUGGAAGGGAAGCCCAGAGACUUUGGAGCAAGAGUACAAGCAUCGCUACUAUGAGGGAGUGUACACCGACUUUGGCUUCGAGAUUGGCUAUGGCGCAGAGGCUGCUGCAGAAGGCAAGCUGGACACUUUUGGCAGGCCACUGUACAGGGCUGAAGUGGAAGAGAUCGACACUACCCUCAGCGCGCUGAAGGCAGCAGGUGAUCUGAACAAGGUGGAGACCUCGGUCAACGUGACCUUUGUGCAGAGGCCGCUGGGCACCGUGGUCGUGCAAAGCGCUUGGCUGAUCGUCAAGCCAAAGAAGGGAGGAGGUGUGGUUGGGGCCCUUCGCAGCUUCUUCAGCGCCAAGUCGGACAAGGAAGAUGAUACCGCCGCCGCCGAUUCAAACAGCGACUCAGCGACCAACGAUACCGCCGCUGCCGCUGUCAACGAAACAACGCCAUCCGCCGAGACGGCUGACCUCCUGCACGAUAAGCACAUUCGUCUGACAGUGCAGACCAUCCCGCAAGGCUCAGUCAAGCCCAUGUCUGGCGCGGCGCAGAAGGUCUCCCAGGACAAGCUCUACUUGGCUGAUGCCACUGCUCGUCGGAAGUUGCAGCGCGAGGAGUACCGCAAUAAGCUCGAGGCGUACGUGUACCGGAUGCGCGAGUUGGCUUCGGGUGGAGACAAGACUUUCGAAGAGUCUUCUACCUCUGCUGAGCGAAGUAAGAUUGAGUCUGCCUCUUCGGAGACUUCCGAGUGGCUCAGCAGCGGCGGUGGGGAGAGCGAUCGCACGACGGUCGAGGAUCUGAAGAAGCGUCUCAGCUCACUGGAGCAGCUCGUCACCCCCAUCGAGGGCAGGAUGGUCGAAGCUCGUGGACGAUCUGGCGCCGCGAAGCGAAUGCAGCGUGCCCUCGAUCUCACCGAGGAGUUCCUCACCGAGGCCAACACCAACCUCACGGCAGCCAUCACCGAGGGCACUUCUUCUCGCUACUCUCGCACCGAUCUAGAUUCUCUCCAAUCUUCCCUCAAGGGUGACAAGGAUUGGUUCACCAAGGUCAGCAAGGAGCAAGAGAAGAAGAAGCGCGAAGAAGAGCCUGCGUGGAAGGUGGAUGAGGCAGAGAAGAGGGCGAGGAAGUUGCUAGAUAAGGUUACUAAGCUCAAGAAGAGGAGGAUACCCAAGACGAGGCCUAGCUCCAGCUCUGCCAGCAGCAAUGCUGCGAGCGCUAGUGGUAGCAAGAGUAGCUCUGCUGGCGAGGGCAAAAAGUCAGUCGCGGCGACCGAAGAGGAGACGCUCAAGCACGAGGAGCUCUAGAAGGCGUCACUGUCGACGUUUCAUAUUGCCUACGGGCUGCGGUAGAAAGUGAAGUUGUAGCUAGAGAUAUGAGAGGGAUUCCUUUGUGACCCAGUGUGCAAAGCAAGUGAUCUUUACAUUGCAAUGAAAUGAUCUUCUCAACCCGACCUCUAACAUGGUAUGCCUCGCCGGUGUGCUCGCCUA